AUGCAAGGCGGAGCAGCGGGAGAAGCGCUGCACGCUGCAGGCCUGGCCGCGCUGAGCUCAGGCAGCAGACCCUCGAAACCCUCAUCCAAAGCAGUGGAAAGGGAGGCUCCUCUCUCAGGGUUUACUUCGUACCGUACAGUGGCCGCGCGCGCUCUGAAGGAAGAAGGUAAAGCCAGGGUAAACGUGCCUGCAGAGCUCCCUGAGACAGUGCCAGCCAAGGGCCGAGGGGGAACCUCACGUUCGGCCGAAAAACACGGGAAGGAGGGAAGAGGCAGAAGUAACAAAUCGGGGGGCCCAAAAGAUGCCAGUGCGUUCUCCUGUAACUCGAACAAAUCAGACAAAAAAAAUUACGAGCAAGAGAAACGGCUGCAGGAGGAAAUUAGGCUGCUCUGCUCGCUGCCCGUCUUGGAUGAAAAACUUGAGAGCCCCCAAGAACUACUGAGGCUCAAGACACUCUUCGUAGGAGAAAUAAGCAAUGGCAUCCCAAGACGGCGCCCCCCCGUGGACGAAACUACAGGGCGGCUGCUUUACUGGGAUCGGCGUUGCUAUUCAUUUGAUACUGGAGGAGCCAACUGCGCAUCUGGUCUGAGUUGCAUCUUCUGUCAUACAGCAGAGGAGCUAUUACUGCAUCCUGCGCGCUUCCGGUCGGAGCUAAUCACCUCCAGCACAGAAAACGCCUGGCACUGCGCUACAUCGAUAGCUGAGCUGCGCCUGAGGGCCCCGGAGGCAUAUGGGCUGGAUGCUCACUUGAGGCGUCUACACGGGAAACAGACACAAGAGGCAGGAUUGGCGUCAGACAGCAAUUGCAGACAAAACUCCGAUAGACCAAAGGGAAAACAACUAUGUGCAGGUAACAUGCCGCAAACGCCAAAAAAAACGCAGCUCACGAAGCAACAGAGGCAGCAGCAGCAGCAGCAGCUGUCUAGGCAGAACUCAGGAGGCGGCACGACAAAGGAGGGACGGCAAACACAACAGAAGAUUAAACAGGCUCUACCGGAAGAUGGCAGGGCGUAUAGCAGCAGUAGCACUGAAGUGAACAGCGUCGAAGACUCCUGUGGUAGCAACUCAGGAUGCUGCAGCGGCGCGGACUGCGGCAUUCUGUGUGAGAUGACUGGCAGCAGCUCACCCGUACAUGACAGUGUAAACAUGCUGGUAAAGAGCCCUAGCAGCAGCGGAUUCAAGACGAAGCUGACGUCGCAUCUUGAUUCCUCAGAUACAAUGCAUGUCGUGAAAAUAAGCCGAAAUGAGCCCCCAUCCCCUGCAGGCAGCAACAGCAGCGGCAGCGGCAAAGGAGUGGAAGAGAUUGCGGUUACACCGUCCGGAGGGAAAAGCACUCGACUGGCAUUCAACUGGCCCGAUAGUGACGGGUCACUGAACCUUUCUUCUUUCAAGGUCUUUCCAUGCCGCCAUAAACACUCUGUGUCUCAUGACAAGAAAUACUGUCCGUUUUACCAUAACUUCAGAGACAAGAGAAGAUUUCCUGUCACAUACCGGGCAGAACAGUGCGAAGAGCACUUCGACCUAGACUCCUCAUCGCUGCAGUGCUCCAAGGGAGAUGCUUGCGACAAAAGCCACAACCGACACGAGCUCCUCUAUCAUCCGAGUAUAUUUAAACAAAGAUUCUGCUCAUCAUACGCCACGCGAAACGGAACUGAAAGAUGCGGUAGAGGACACUUCUGCGCGUUUGCGCAUACCCGAGAGGAGGUCCGCGCACCCCUUUUUACAGUGCAGGAGGAAACGUGCCCAUCGAGUGACUUCUUCAUGCAACAUUUCAAAACCGUAUGGUGCCCCUACGGAGUACAACACGACUGGUAUACAUGCGUCUACGCCCACACGUAUCAGGACUGCCGACGGUCGCCUCAAGUUGGCUACGGUAGCGAGCCCUGCCCCGCCUGGAAUAAGGAUGUCCAUUCCGCCGACUACAGUAGACGGUGCCCUCACGGAACCCUCUGCCCGUACUCGCAUGGAAGCAAGGAACAACUCUACCAUCCAUCUUAUUACAAGACAAUGCCGUGCAUGGAUUACAGGUCUAAGGACCGCAACGGGAACAGUUGCCCUCGAGGCGUUCUUUGUGCAUUCUACCACGAAGCUAGCGAGCGCCGCUGGCCCGUGAGAAUGGCCAUUGACUACAGCUCGCCACUGCCGCCCCAAAGAAAUGCAGCUUUGCAACCUCAAUUCCUGCGGCCUCCCCUCUUUAAUCUCGACGACUUUGAAGCCUUUGGACACACCAGCCGCAAGACAAAUGCAAGAAAGGAAAUGGCAACCCCUGAUGCCUCGAACAGCAAUCGGCGCAAUGGAGGCCCUAGAAAGGGCGACGGCACUUCAGCAACGACUUUGAAGUCGCCUGCGUCUGGCCUUAGACGGCGGCUGCUUGAACAGCAAGCAAACACUGGAGCUGUGAACACGCCUACCAGCUACGGGCUGGACAACGACCACCAACGUCAGCAACAGCAGCAGCAGCAGCAACAGCAGCAGCAGCAACAGCAGCAGCAGCAGCAGCAGCAAAUGCAGCGCCUGGUGAUGCAGCGGCAGUCGAACUGCGGGAGUUUCCAGGAAACAAUUAACAGGAACACCGCUUCGGCGUUUUCUCCUGGCUCCGACUUCAAGCAACAACAACAGCACCAACAGACACAGCAGCAUGACCAGCUUGCUGAGGCUCAGGCGAUAUCCAUUGCAGCAGACCUCUCGGCUCUGAAUAUGGGAUCAUCUCAGUGGCAACCAGAAGUGCACCAGCAAAGCUUUCAAGCUGCUGACUUAGCAGACAACUUUAAAUUCGAUAUUGGCCCUGGCGGCAGCACAUCCUGCCUGCCCUUCGGUCAGCAGCAGCAGCUUGUACAACAGCAGCAGCAGCAGCGGGCUCUGCAGCAUCUUACAGCCGGCUUGACUGCGCCAGACAACAACAUGGGCCGUUCUCCCUACAAUUCGUGGAUUGCGCAGCACAUCACAGAAGAGUCACCUGCAGAUUCCUCCUCCAGCCGACCAGUGCGGGAGAGCCCCGCAGGACCAGGGCAAUCGAGUCUCUUGUUUCCUAAUCACGAUUCGAUAAAAUGUCCAUACACCUCUCGCGUGCAACAGCAAGGUGAGCGAUUGUACGGCGGCGCUGCGAUUCCCAGUGGUCUCCUGGCCCCCUCCCCUUGGCGGGAGUCUCCAGGAGAGGCUGAAUCACUGUCGGCGCCAAGUCCACCAGAACUGCUGAAAGUGCGGCACAACGCUGGAGUGAUUCCAUCCUUGGAGCCGCAGCAUGGAAGCAGCACGGAAGCACCUGCAGCUUGCAGUGUUGGACUGUUUGACAGCAGCGGUGUGUGGGCAACAACAAAGCCUGAGCUUUGCAUAGGUGAGGGCACUGAAUUAGGCUCCUGUCUGAGACCGCCAAAAGACCGCAGCAGCAAUGACGCGGCUGACGUGCUCCUGAAGAUGCUUGGCAGAGCGUCUCACGCUUGCAGUGUGAACGCAAGCUCUCCCCUCCACGGCGCAGAGGGGGCUGCCCUUGUGUCGAGCGAAGAGGAGCUGUCAGAAUCGGCCUCUCGGCUGCCACCGAUCCCACCUCCAACUCUGCACUGGUAUUGCCAGCCAACAACCGAAGAUGAGUUUAGCAGGAGCAGCAGCAGCAGCAGUAGCUACGGCGUGCAGCGGCAGCAGCAAAUGGCCUCUCCUGCACUUGUCGCUGAGCAGACAGAAGAGCUGCUGUACGAACAGGAACACGGGUUGGGAAACUCCGGUGAAGAAAGCUUUUUUUGCUCCAUGAGCCUACAGAAACUGGUAGCCUUCGACUCUGCCUCCGCCCUAGACAGACUCGACCCACAAGGAGGAGGAAUCACAACACCCCCUUUGUCCUUUCCCAUCGGUGCGGGGCUGUCUGCAGCUGCCUGCAGCCUCAUCUCAGGCAGUGUUUCUGCACGGCUGCUGGGGACCCACCUGGCGUCGGUCUACCUUGUAGCUGCCAACCACUCUCACCAGCAGCGGCUGGCGCUGCGCCUGGUCAACGCGCGGGCCUGCCCGAAACUGCUGCUACUGCACGGGUCAACAGGAUCUGACAGCCUGAAAGCGCAGCUGCAGAAUAGCAGUGGACUCUCUGGCUACUCUCUUGUGUCUUGGGGCACCAACGGUGAUGGAAGCUUUGCCUUUUGGAGGGCGGCGGGUGCCGCAUUGAGCUUCCAACAGCAGCCUAACGGGAUCGAGGAGAUAACGGAGCUCCUGGAGCAAGCAGCAGCAUGCGGGUCUUGUGUGUUUCUGCUGUACGUACACUCCAACGAAGAGGAGUUGAGUGCAGCUUGCAUCCAACUCGCCAACUACUGCGCCAGUGAACAGGUUGUGGCUGCCAAGGCGCGGCUGUUUCUCCUGCAUCUUUGUGUCGGACCGCCUUCAAGUGCCCUUAUGGGUCAAGUGCUGCGUCACGUGAUAUCACUCCCACUGUCGCGUCUUCAACACUGGUCGGCACUAUUGAAAGACGGAAGCCCAGAAACUGGAAAGGAGCAGCAGCAGCAACAGCAGGAUGAGAGAGCAAGUUCGGGACGCUUGGCUGCACCACUUCCUGUAGGGCCUGCCUUUGGUGCGGGUAAAACCGGAGGAGAGCGGCGGCUUCUGUCAGCAGAUGAAUUUCGUGCAGUCGUUUCCCCCACAUGCUCAGCUUAUAGCCUCCAGUGCAUGCACGAGGAUCUACACUGGGGUGAUUCGCUAGAGCCAGCAUUCGACGGCGAGAGAUCAGUCAGCCUGCCGCUACUGCUGCGUGAACUGCGAGAAGCAGUGGCGGCUCGGGCUGAGCUGGGAGACUCCACCGUUUCCUCCAUAUGUGUUUUACUAGAUGCCCACGACACAGCAACCUCCACCACGACAACUGCAGUAUUAGAGACGCUUGCAAACAAGUGCAAUGGGCCCCCAGGUUUCCUUUCGCUACCGCCGACCAAAGUCGUGGUCUGUGAAGACACUGCGUCGCUGCGGGAUAGCCAACAGCUGCAACACCAACAGCAACAGCUACAACAGGAAGAACACACACUGAAACUUGUCCCUAUACAAGCCGAAACUGGCGCUAUAAUGAGAUGGAAGCAACUGUUGGGUGCCUCUGGCGUGUUCCGCUAUACCACUGGAGACUAUCACCAGCAGCCGCAGCAACAGAUGCCGUUGUGGUCAAACUCGGGAAAUUGGCGUUUAGGAUCGUCUCAAGAGCAGUCAGCAGUGUUUCGACGCUUUGUAAGCGCCCAAGACAAGGAUGUACUCUAUGGCUUCCGGCUCCUGGCGGAGGCGCAGGCGCCUUCAAGAAGCCUCAGAGGAAUCCUGCGAUGCGUCAAUACACUUCGACUUGAACUGGCUGAUGCACCUGCGGGGGCAACUGAUGCAGCAGCGGCUGUAUAUCUAGAGCCCCCUGCGAUAGCACAGGCAGCAGAGGCUCUGUGGGUCAGCAGUCUGCAGGAACUCGUCCAGGGAAACGUACAUGGGCUGAACUCCGCACUUAGCGAAGCAGUAACGGACGGAUGCGAUCAGCAACAUGAGAAGGCGACAAUAUGCUGUGUAUGCGGGGAAGAAGUAGAAGAUCUAUGUCAGCUAACAGCAGCAACAGCAGGCACGGGAGCUACAACGCUUUGCCCUCAUCAGCACCACGGCAGCUGCCGAGAAGCACUGCGUGCUGGGGGUUGCUGGCCAUGCCCAUGCUGCAUGCUUUGGCCUCUUUCGCGGUCCAUCAAUAACGCCGAGGAGCAGCAGGAUCAGCUGCAGUCGUCGCUUCCAUCUGAGAGCUUGCGUCGACUGGUUCGGAAGGUCUGCGACGCGGUAGUUGAGGCAUACGGACUUUUGCAGCAUCUGCACUCUGUUGCUCACGGAUAUAUGGAGCCGCGGUGUAAUUUUUUCUUUUCGGUGUUGCCCAAAGAGGUCAUUGUGUCGGUGGGAAGAGAGGGUGAGAUAUCCGUCUGCAUUGACUUGGCCUCACCACGAAUCCUGCGGGCUGCGUUGCAGCCGACAGACAGCAGCAACAGCGUUGGCGGUGGCAGCAAACCCAGAGAAAGCCUCUUAGGGGCUGUUUUGGGGGAGCUGGUGUCUCUGCUGCUGACUAAAGGCAUCGCAGCUAACCAUCGGCUUGGCAACUCCCCUCUCGUUGACGACCUCCUUAGGACCCUUUGGCAAUGCAACUCCGCCGAUGCGCCACACAGCCAACAAUGCGCUGCCCACCCUUUCUUCUGGUCCAGCACAGAGCGCCUCUGCUUCCUGCAGGUGGCGCUAGCGCUAGCUCACGUGCCGCAACAACAGCAGCAACAUGGCAACACAGAAGGUGCGUGGGGAACUCAGCUGUCUGGGCAUCUGCAAGGCGUUAGCUGUACUGGACAGUCAUGGCUGCUGGAGAAGGCGCGGAAAUAUAUUUCUGAAGUAGAAACAACCGUCGCCGGCCCUCCGGCCCUGAACCUUAUGCGUAUUGUCGACCUUCUCCGACAGCGGUGGCUCUCUUUCAGCAGCCAACUGACUUCUGACGAAGUUGAGCUGCUGUUGCAAGAGGUGGGGCUGAGCGCAUCUCUGCAGCAGCAGCAGCAGCAGCAGAUGAUGAUGCUUCUGCUGGUGCAGCAUGCCGACCAAGUGAUUGCGCAUCACGUGGAGCUGGAGGCCCCCGAGCUUAUUUUGGCGGUCUUCACGUUGGCUCGCACAGACUCCGACGUUCUUGAGAUGAUGCACGCGUCGCCGUCUCUGGCCUCCCUACGCCCUGCCCUUCGCGGUGCCAAAUUGGACCCGAACUAA